ACGUUUUUAGUGAGCGUUUUCUUGAAUACUUGCUAUUUUUAGUCCCCUCAAUUCAUAAUUGACAAACAGUUGUCGCUAAUUUCUACUGAAUAACUGUUGUGCACAAUUUCUCAGCCGGAAUCAAACUGAACAUGCCAGCCGAUAUUAUUCGAGAAGUUGCUAGCAAUGUUAGUUUCAUCAAGCGAGAAAAACUAGACAAAGGAGUUGAAUAUUUCCGCAAGGCGCUCGAUAAAACUUCGGAAAAGUUUGGCAUGGGUGUGGUUAUUGGUGAAUUAUCUUCACAUCUUUGUCACUUUGGUAAUAAAGUUACUUAUGAACAAACAAGAAGUGGAUGCUCCAUACAUUCUGGAACAAAUACCAAGGCAUUAGCUAAUGGGCGAUAUCAAAACGAACUUGCAUUGAAUGACUUCUCCUGGAUUAUGAAGCUUCCGAAUCUUCAACUUAGUUCUCUUGUUGUCAGCCUUUUGUUGGAUGCACAGGUGAUUCGCGUUUUAUGUGUCACACUCCGAGGCGGGUGUACACCUCGUUUCGCGAACACCUAGACUCAAAAAGCUGUGUCAGAGGCGCGUAGCGCGCGGUUGGCGAAAGUAGUAUACCUUUUCGCCACACGCGUGUAGAGCACGCGUAGCACACGAUUCGAUAAAAGGAAGGAACAAUAAUCGAUACAAAUAUUUUUGGGACAUUUAUUUAUUUUUUCGCAGUUUAUUUUGUAACUCCACUGUUUUUCAUUAUUUUUUCGUUUUGAAAAGUAAUAAUAUUUAUCUGGAAUGAACCUAAAAACGAAU